GGCGCGGUUGUUGAAAACAAACCCGGGUACUUGGAAGUUGACCCAAGUAACUGAUAAAGUGCAUGGUUUAGUCACAGUUUUCAUCAAUUUGUAGAACCGCAAUGGAUUUGUCAUCUAUUAUCAAGAAAAUAGGUCACUCCCUUGUGGAAAUUAGAGUCCGAGCUCUGAAGAACAUCAAGAGUAAACUGGACCAUGGCCUCCUCUCUGUUCCCGAUCUCGUCCAAGAGCGAGCCCUCUUUGUUUUUCUUCUGGAGUGGUUUAAUUUCCCAGAGGUGCCCUUGCAAGAAGAGGUUCUUCAAUUGCUCAGCACUUUAUCCAAGCAUCCAACAGGUGCCUCCAUGCUUAUGGAUGUGGGAGCGGUGGAGUUUCUCACUCAGCUCUCGCCCAAUGUGGAGAGGGAGCUGCAGGCCAUCAUUGAUGGUGUCAUUGAUCAGCUGUUCCACCUCCGUGACGUGCCGAUGACACCCAGCGCUCCAGCCGGCAGCUACGAGGAGCAUUUCGCCUCUGCCGCCGUACAAAUGGAGGAGGAGUGUCUGGCAAGAGGCUACUUCCACAGUAGCAGGCCCAACCCAUUAGAUAUCCCCCCACAACGAGGAACAGCAAGCAAAUCGGUCAGGUGCCUGAAGUUUUCGGUGUUUCCCUGGCUGUCUCUAACGCCCACUGACAGACACAUCUGGUCAUCAAACGAGAGUUCCUUAAGAAGCAAUGAUCCCACUUUGGUACGCACCACUUGUGAGCUUCUCCGAGAUGUCAUCAUGCAGGACUUUCCCGCCGAGAUAUUCUUGCAGCGUCCCAGCAUAGUGCAGAGCCUGCUGUCGCUGCUGAGCCUGAGUGCGGAGAGUGAGGCGAGCUACCUGACUCUCCAGGCGCUGGGCUGUCUGCAGCAGCUCUGCUCCAGCUUAAGGAGCCGCCUGCGCUUCCACAGAGACCCGGGCUUCUGCUCAGCCAAGCAAGAUUCUAUCUCCCAGAAUUCCUCAGUGUCGUAUGCCCAGGAAGCAAGAGGAUCGCAGCACUCUGUGGCCUCGUCAGUGGACGGCUGUUCGCCUCGGCCGUCGGUGGUGGGUCGCACCGGCCAGAGACUGCGGGGAGACGGCCAGGAUGGAGACGCGGCCUCCUCAAGCGGCAGUGGAGGGUCUCAGGGAGGAGCAGGAGCAGCAGCAGCAACAGGAGGAGGAGGAGGAGGAGGAGGAGGGGGUGGUGGCCCCGCCACAGUAGUGGCCCCCAGGCCCCCUCCACCUCCCUCCCCCCUGGCCGUGGCGCAGCUGGAGGCUCCGGAGCUGGAGACCCAGGAGGAGGCGCUGCAGGUGCAGCAGUGGAGCCUGGCCCAGUUCAGCGUGGCAGCCCUGGAGCACGCACUGCCACUCCUCAGGACCGAGAGUGUGCACAUGUUCCAGAGGACACUGGAGCUGCUGUGCGAGGCCCUGCCCCUGCUCGGAGACAGCGUGUCGGGAGAGCUGUGGGACGAGCCCAGCCUCACCGCCCUAGAACUGAAGGAGAAGAUCCAGGGAUGUUUGGAGACACUGGGGGACAUUUUGUCCUACCACGGCAGCCAAGGGGGUGAGGAACAGGACGCUUCUCUGGUGUACCACAGGAUGACGUACACCAGCACCGCCAUCUUCACCAUACGACUGCUGCAAACACUCCUACCCGUAGAGAAGGCGAGCGACAACCUUCCGGAGAGCGCGGUGGCGGCCGUUUUCCUGCUGUGCCUGGACUCCCCGUGGGCCGAGGCCUUCCCCAGCAGCCACGAGGCGGCGGUGGCCUACCUGGAGCUGGCCAGCCCCGGCAGCCACGGCCUCUACCUCCGCACCUCCCGCGCCGCGCACACCAUGGAGGCCACCUGCACCUUCCUCAAGGAGGCCGAGGCGGAGGGAGAGAAGAACUGGUGUGAUCUGCUGGAGCUUGCUGAGCAGGCAGUGGAGGGCCUUCCCUACCAUCAGCACCUGCCUGUGGUGAAGGAAUGUGUCCAAAUCUGCUCCUUCCUGUGGAGGUUUGCCCAGGCCAGCCCCAUGCUGCGCGCGCAGAGUCAGGACAUCUACCUGAAGCUGCUCUCGCACCCCCUCCCGGCCGUUAAGAUGGAGUGCUACACCUGGACCCUCAACGUUGUCAAGGACUGCCUGGGGGUCCAGAACGUGUCCAAGCCGCUGUCAUCCAUCUGCAGCGGUGUCCACUUCGUCCUCCACCCCAGAGUCCUGUACGAGAUCAGCACAUUUGGCCUUCAGGAGCAGGCCGCCAAGGUGAAAGCGGCUGCCAAGGAUAUCCUCCUGUACCUGCUCAAAGGGAGAUUGAUGAUGACAGCCGCGACUUGGAGCAAACUUAAUGAGGCUCUUUACCCGGUCAUCCCUGUCUUACAGAGUUAUGCCGGCAGUGAGGAUGCCUUGGGAAACUGUAUCCUGCUGAUAAGUGAGCCGUCAGGCGAGACGGACGUCGGGACGCCAUCGCACACUGUCAAGCUACGCGCCGCGCUCCGAUUGCUCUUCUCCAAGCAGCAGGAAGUGCGAGUAGCAGCAGUGCGGCACCUGAUCCCCCACCUGACGGGUGCGGAGGGGGCGAGCGACUGUCGUCCGGCUCUGGAGAGCGGCGUCAUGGCCCAGCUGCCCUCCCUCUUCCUCCUCAACCAGGCCGUCGACCUCCAGCUGGACACCACCGACAAGUCCUUCCUCAAGGUGGAGUCUGUGAAUAAACUGUACAACAUAUUCACAUCUGAGACGGUUGACCUGGUGCUCAGGAGGUCGGCAGCAGAGCAGCUUGUGGUCGUGCUGCAGGACAUGGCGAUGCAUUCUGUGCUAAAGAGCCUCGGAAUUGCUGAGAAAGUGAUCGGUGCAAUCAGGGAGGUUGUAAACAACUCCAUAAAGAACAUGGACUGUCUGCUGGAGCCCUGCCUUGCGAUGCUGAGGAAGCUGUUGUAUGCUGACCCCACCCUGCGGCACAGCCUGGCACAGCAGCCUUCCUUCCUGCUCACACUCCUCAGAGCGUCGCUGAUUCUGAAGGAGGGCAAUCAGGGAGGUGUGGUGGAGGGCGCCGCUCUCAUGGGAUUACUGCUCUUUGAUGAGAUCGCCACCGUGGACGUCUGGACGAGCCGAGCAGACCGCGGCUCCGAGACGAGCCUGUCUACGUUCUCUCUCCCCGUCUCCGUUAUCCGCAGGUACAAUCUUCCAUUCCAGGUGGCCUCCCAUCACGUGGUGAGCCCCUACUGCUGUGUCCUGCCACCCCAUGCUGACCUGGUGAGCCUGAAGCCGGCCUGGCGCAUGAUGCAGCUGGCCUGGAACACCGCAUGGCACUCUGGGAUAGAGAACCUCCUGGCAGAGCUGGGUGGAGCCAAGCAACAUGCACCCCAGUUCCAUGCUGACCUGGUGAUGUCCCCAGCCCAGGGCGUGCUCCUCAGGGUGAGCCACGUCAGGCAGGGCCUGCAGGACUGCGUCCAGGCCGUGCUGAGCGCAGGCUGCCACGGUCAGGCGGGGCUGGCCCUGGCCAGGAUGAGGCUGUACCUGCUCACCGACCGACUGGCCCUCAAGCAGGGAGCCCACAGCUGCAGGACUCUGCUCAGGGGGCUCGGCUGGCAACGUGCCCUGGAGAGGUUUCUGCAGGUGCAGCCUGCGUGUACGGAUGACGAGAGACUUCUGCUGGAGAUCGUGUCCUUCCUGGUCACCUUCUUCAGCCAGCACCGACCUGACACAGACACAGACGACCUUGACCUCCGCUGGAUUCUACAGCUCCUCCUCAAACAGGAGCCCAGCACGCUGCUGAAUCUGCUGGUGCGGAGCGAGAGUUCGUCGCACAGGCAGCAGGCGCGCGGCGGUGGGCCCCCACACACGCGCUCGUCCGUGGGGGAGCAGAGAGGGGAGGAAGGGGGCCAUGAGGAGGAGGAGGAGGUGCAAGAGCUGGUGUCCCAGAGACUACAGAGGGGGCUGACAGCACUCCUCGUCACCCUCAUGCACUGCCUGCAGCGCACCUCUGACAGUGUGUGUAAAGCGGUGGCUGGCGUACUGGAGUCCGUCCUGGCGGAGCGCCUGCUGCAGUGUGUGCGUGUGUCGGAGGCCCCGCGCUUCUACGGGCUGCCCUCUCUGGAGCGCACACUGGCCUGCAUGAAGCACCUGACCGCCCUGCCCGGCUGGAGCACGCACUCCCCCCUGCCUCACCUGGACACACACGCUCUCUGCCUCAAAUACCUCAGCGGACUACUGGAGGUCAUCUCGUCGUUCUACGUGGAGUGGGGCGGUAACUCCAUGUCCUUCAUGGGCAAAGGCGUGACCAAGAACGCCGUCAUCUGUCUGCUGCAUCUUUCCCAUGAGAUGAUCACCCAGGGUAAAGACAAGGAUUGGAUAGGCCAGUGGUCCCUUUCUCAGGAGCAGAGGGGAGAGGAGCAGUCUGCAGCUCGCCUGGGCCUCACAUGGCUCAUCCCUCUCUGGGUCGACAGAGACCCCGAGGUACGGUUUGCCAGUCUUGGCGUGGGCUCUGCGUUGUCGUCUCUGGAGGCUGGUUGCCUGGCGCUGGUGUCGGGUUGCCAGAACAUUUCGGGCGGCCUGUGGGGGACUCUGCUCAACAUCCUGCUGGAGUCCACUGAAUGCAGUAUGGUCCGCCGAGAGGCGGCAUUUAUUCUUCAGAAUCUGCUGGUGAUGCCAAUGCCUGCCACCAAAGAGGAGGUCCAUGGCAGUGCCUGGCAGCACCCCUGUGUGCAUGACGAGGCGGCGGGCGUGUCCCUGGUGGGGCUGCCGGCUCUGCAGGCCCUGCUCUACCACUGCCAGUUCUUCCAGCACGCCGCACACAUGGCCCAGACCUGCUACCGCGGCCGCCACGCCUUCGACCUCAACUUCCCCCAAGCGCCGGCUCGACCUGACGAGGCCUCGGAAGCAGAUAUGAGCGACUCUCUGCGGCACUGGAGGGGCCCAUCUGCUCAGCGAAGCCACAGCCAAACUUCAGGAUCCCUCUCCACGUCAAGCACACUGAUCCAGCCAGGUGGAUCGAGCGGAGUGCACACCCCGGUGCUGUCAUCCUCACUGGCCCCUGCCCAGGACUCACCUGUCAACAGACUCAACGCACAAGGUCAGAGUGAUCCGGACUCCAGCGACUCGGUGCUCUCCCAGGGCUCCCGUGCCAGCGAGGCGGGUGUGGAGCGGGCUGCGGGUGCGGGGUGUGGCGCGCUCGUCACUCCUCCCCUGGUGUCGGCCCUCUGCGGAAUUCUCAGCAACCUGCUGGCCGUGCUCCCCGACUUCACCCUCACCGCGCUCAUGCAACACGAAGUGCUGCCAGCCAUGGCCAGUGUGGUGGAUGCGGUGGCCAUUGAGCGCUGUGUGUCUGAGCUGCAUACGCCCACUCUACAGCCCGGGGAAGUGGAGGACGCCAGGAGCCAGGUGUGUAGCCUGCUGCAGUAUGUGAGUGUGUUGGGUGAGCUGCUCCAGUGUGUGGCGUCUCUGCAGGGGGAUCUGCUGGCCCAGGCCGACUUCCUCAAGCCCCUGCUCAGCCACGCCUUCACCCUGCUCUCCCUCAGCCCCGCUAACCUGGACUCUGCAGUGGGUGCUGCUGUGCUCCACACCUGGGCCGUGCUGCUGGCGCUGCUGUCCACGCUGCUGCGCAGGAACGCCGCCCACCUCUACCCAUCUGUCGCCAUGGCAAUGCACCGCCACUGGCACACUCUCCUAGCCACCAUAUCCCUGUGUUUGGAACGGUGGUCGACGGAGCCCGGCCUGUACACGGCGGCCGUCCACUUCCUGAGUGUGGUGCUGUCCGAGGAGGCCAAGAGGCGAGACCAGGAAGUGACCGGUCAGCUGACCACCGAUCGGCGCAGCCGAUUGGGUGACUUGUUGGACGGGGACAAAGGGGAACAGCUGUGUGAGAUGCUGCUGCAGAGGUACGAGGCCACGCCACCGCAGGACCCCCUAAAGAAGCCCACUGCCGCUGCUCUCUCAGCUCUCCUCGCCAGCAGUCCCAGUGCACAGACCUACGCAUGCAAAGCGGGCCUGGUGGACUCCACUGUGGAGCAGAUGUGCCAGAUCCAGUACCACCUCAACCUGGAGUCCCUGAAGCCCACCAAGGCCGCGCUACGCAAAAAGGAGGAGAACUAUCUGAAGGAGUUGAAGAUGGCCCUGGAGCUCCUGAGAAAUUGCCUGUAUCAGCACAGUGAAUGCAAAACGGCUGCCACAGACUCUCGGCUGGCGUCCAUAUUGUUCGCCCUCUGGCCCUGGCUCCUAUUGGAUGACUCCUGCAUGACCUCUGCCCUGGAGCUCCUGUGCGUCUACACCGCCAACUGCAGCACUGCAUGCAGUGCCCUGUGUGGCGGUGCUGGUGGCAGCAGCGGUGCGUUGGUGGGCGUACCGGGCGGUCCGGGUGUGUCUACGUCUGCACUGCCGCGGGGCCCGCUGAGCAGCACGGUGAUGCACUGCGUGAUGAAGCUGGCAGCCCAGCCGGGGCAGGAAGCGCCCACGUCCCCCCAGGGCCACAUCCAGAGCCUGGCCUUCUGCCUGCUCGCCAACCUGGCCAUCUCACGGGACUGCAAAGGCCUGCUGCAGAAGAGUAACUUCCUGCAGCACUUCCUGUCGGCCCAGGUGCCGCGGCCGGGCCGCAAGUCCAUGGGCUCCCAGGCCCAGCUGUGGCUGCGGCUGCUGCUCAACGUGUCAUUUGGGGAGGACGGCCAGCAGAUGCUGCUCAAGCUCCCCGGAGGCCUGGAGCUCCUCAUUGACCUCGCCCAGCACCAGCGGCAGGCCUACACUGUUGGCCCCGGGACCAGUACCACUGGUACCAGUGUGAAACCCAGACCCAAACCUGCUGCCCUCCUCAUCCUCCAUAACGUGUGUUUCAGCCCCGCCAACAAGCCCAAGGUUCUGGCCAAUGAGAAAGCGGUUGGUCUGUUUGUGUCGUGUCUGGACAGCGACUUCCUGGACAUGAGAGCCAUCGGGGCCUCAGCUCUCUGGGCUCUCAUGCACAGCUACCAGAAGGCAAAGGUGGCUUUGAAGUACCCCUCCUUCAGGCUUAAGGUUGAUGAGGCAUACUCAACAGCGAAAAAAGAUGCGGAGAAGAGAGGGAGUGAGCCCCUAAACUCAUACCUCCUCAAGUGCCUGGAGAAUCUCAAACAUAUAUUGAGUUCUUAAAGUCUGUCAUGUGUCAUGUAUCAUGGAUACAUGUAAAAGCAAUUAUUUAUGAAUAACUUAUUUCCUUGAAUAUGUCCAUAGUUUUUUUUCACUGAGUGAUUUAUUUGUUCUUUGACAGAAAUUUGUCAUAAAAACAGUGGUCUGGCUAAAGUAUUUUUGUAUUCAUUAAUUUUGUCAUUUUCAAUAAAAAACGUAAUUAAUUGA